AUGCGCCACGGCUCCAGCAGUCAUUACAGCAACAGACACAACGACCGCCGUUCUCGACCAGUCCUGUUGCGCAAUUUGGACUGGGCCAGCAUGUGCGAUCACAAGCAGGCAAGAGAGCUUGGAGGGAGCGUGUUCGAGAAGAAUGGGAGGAGACAUGAGCAGGCUAGGCACACAUAUAUCGCUGCGCAAAGAUGUGGGAGAGUGGGAGUUGUGCUCUACAUGAAUAUUGCCGACUACCGCAAGAUCCUUAAACGAGAAGACUGGGACGAUCCGAAGUUCCAGGAGGACAUUUCAGCAUGUCAUAAGCGAUGCGCUUUGCGAACCCUUCACGCGAUGGAGAAGAACGGCAGUAUCUUCAUCAAGCUGGGACAACACUUGACUUCGCUGAACUAUCUCCUACCCAAUGAAUGGUGCGAUACGUUUAUUCCACUCCAAGACAAGUGCCCAGUAUCUAGCUUUCCGAGCAUAGACGAGAUGGUCAAAUUGGAUACUGGCAAGAGUUUGGAAGACUAUUUUUCUGAAUUCGCAGCAGAACCGAUCGGCGCUGCUAGUCUGGCGCAAGUUCAUAUUGCGAGGCUCAAAGAUAGUGGCGAGCGAGUUGCCGUCAAAGUACAGCACCCAGGUCUGGAUGAGUGGGCAGCCCUCGACAUGUGGCUCACGACGAACACUUUUCGGACGCUCAAAUACUGGUUCCCAGAAUACGAUCUCACCUGGCUGAGCGAUGAGAUGGAGGUCAGUCUGCCCAAAGAGCUGGAUUUUCGGGAAGAAGGGCGAAAUGCGAAGAGGAUGAAGGAAUAUUUCAGAGAUCACGUUCCCAACUCGCCAUUGAUUAUACCCGAGGUGAAAUGGGCGGAGAGGCGAAUUCUGGUCAUGGAGUACAUUACCGGGCACAGACCCGAUGAUCUCGAGUAUCUGGAUGCUAAUGGUAUCUCGCGAGAUGAAGUAUCGGCGGCAUUGGCACGAAUCUUCAACGAGAUGGUCUUCGGCGACGGCGCACCUCUCCAUUGUGACCCUCAUGGCGGCAACCUUGCUAUACGAAUCAAUGACAACAAACGGAAACCUCGAAACUUCGAUAUCAUCUUGUACGAUCACGGACUCCAUAGAGAAAUUCCACAAAACCUUCGCCGAGCGUACGCACAUAUGUGGCUGGCUGUGCUUGACACCGACAUUCCAAAGAUGCGGAAAUACGCCUACGAGAUCGCAGGCAUUGGCGAUGAUGAGUUUCCAAUAUUUGCCAGCGCCAUCACUGGUCGGGACUACACUGUUCUCACCAAUGAUGUAACCGCCGAACGCAACGCAGAAGAGAAACGCUCCCUCACCGACCAGCUUGGGGAAGAUCUGAUCGAAAAGCUCGUUGGUCUUCUCGGCCGCGUCCCCAGGAUCAUUCUUCUCAUCUUAAAGACGAAUGACUUGACCAGGAGUCUAGACGAGAACCUACACACUUCACAAGGCCCAAUUCGGAGUUUCCUGAUCUUGGCACGAUAUGCAGCUCACUGCGUAUAUAAAGAACAGCUGGAGAACAUUCGAGGGAGCUGGAUCUGGCCGAGCAAUAUCCUGCGGCUUAGUGGAGCUGUGUUUGAGUAUGCAAAAGUUGCGCUGAAGCUGAGAAUAUAUGAGUAUUACCUUGCUGCUAGAAGGAGAUUGGGCUUUGCUAAUGUGGCACCUCCUGUAUAG